CUCAUUCAUUUCAUUCCUCAGCUCCAGCUGGAUGGAAAAGUCACAUUUACAUACAUUUCAGAUUGAAAUAUACUUUUUUUACAAUUUUAUCCUUCCAUCAAACCGGAAGUGGAAUACUAUCUGGAUUAUUUAUUUGCACCCUUUUCCAUCACCUCCAUCGUAAACCAAUUCAAAUCAUGGGUUUAAGUUCCUCCAGUCUCUACAACCUACAGAAAAAUAUAGGAUACCAUUUCCGAAACGAGGUCAUUCUAACGGAAGCUCUAACUCAUGACAGCUGCCGCGUGGAUGAUCCCAAUAUAAAGACUUAUCAACGAUUAGAACAUUUGGGCGACGCAGUAAUCAAUUUUGCCAUAACGAACUACCUUUUUCGCAAAUAUCCCGACUCUAGUGAAGGCACCCUGUCCACCUUGAGGGCCAACUUGGUCAACCAAACUAAACAAAAGGAAAUUUCGGAUCAGCUCGAGUUACACAAUUUUGUCAAGAUGCACCAAAGUGUGAAGGGAUUGCCACGACACGACAAAUUUUUGGAGUCCGUAAUCGGUGCAGUGUUUAUUGAUGCGGGUGGUGAAAGAAAAGGGGGGUAUAAAGAAGCAAAAAAGGUCAUUUACAAUUUGUGGGAGUUGAAAGAUGGCCAGGCUGCCGAGGGGAACGGAAGUAUUUUUGAAAUUGUGAUCGGAUCCGUACUUAUUGUUGGGAUAGCAAUGCUCUUUUUAGAUCGGGGAGUCAAAAAGUGAAUUUAGAAAUAAGAUGCUUAUGUAUGAAGUCAGCUAAAGUGAAUAUUUAUUAAAUCGAUAGUUUGUUACCACUUACAUAAUUCUGAAAA